AUGGCUCGCUUCAACCCUUUCGCACGUCGUCGGCAAGACACCACGACCCUUCCGACACAUCGCAAAAGUAGCCAGGAGACAAGGGUCAAUGAUCACUGGCAUGGAAAAGACUACAGCAUGGCUCACCGGCCGCCCUUCAUGCUCUGGCUCAAGGUGACAUGGCUAGACAUCCUCACCAUGAUCAUCAUGGGAGUCAUCGCCCUAGUGGUCUUCAGAGCGCACCCGCCAGCACACCGAACGUUCCCCGUCACAUUUGACAACGGCGAGGUCGUCUACCCCCAAUUCGCGUACCCGCACAUCCCGCAGUACAUCCCCAGUCACGCCGCCACCGCCCUCGGCAUCGGCGUGCCCAUCCUCUCCAUUCUCCUCUGCCAGAUAAGGGUGCGCUCCUUCUGGGACAUCAACAACGGCAUCAUGGGCCUGCUCUACUCCGUCAUCGGCUCCACUGUCUUCCAGGUCAUGAUCAAGUGGCUUAUCGGCGGCCUGCGUCCUAACUUCCUCGAAGUCUGCCAACCCGACAUUAGCAAGGCCUCCCAACCGGGCGGGAACGCAACAGGCCUGGACGGGACGGGCUAUGGAGGCAUCAUGUGGACGUCGGAUAUCUGCACCAGGGAGAUGGACGGCACGCUCUCCAACGCGAUGGAAUCUUUUCCCUCGGGGCAUACGACUGCAAUGUUCUCGGGCAUGGUGUUUCUGUAUCUCUAUCUUAACGCCAAGUUCAAGGUCUUUUCGAACCAUCACACGCCCAUGUGGAAGCUUGUCCUCGUAUACGCUCCGAUCCUCCUCGCUACCCUGGUCGGCGGCUCCCUAACGGUCGACCAGUCCCAUAACUGGUACGACGUUCUGGCGGGCGCCAUCAUCGGGACUAUCUUUGCCUUUUCGUCGUACAGAAUGACCUACGCCGCCGUUUGGGACUGGCGUAUCAAUCAUAUUCCCCUCCACCGCAAGAUGCCUUUGGACUUCAACCUCGAGGCUAUCGGAGAGAAUGGCGCGGUGGUCACACGCAAGGCCGGAUGGGGUAAGAGACGCGAGGAAAAGAAAACUGGUCUUGACAGAAUGGUUAGCAGGACAAGGUACACCAGCGGCAGUAGGGAUACGCGAGGUGUUGGUGUGCCCCGUAAGGCGGUAGCAUUACACCACUUGAGAGGCGACUGGCGUCCUUCUGGCGAGGACAUGGUCUAG